AUGCUUAUUGAAGUCGUGGUUGAUGCCAGCCACGUUCCGGAACCGACUAAAGCGAAAUCUCUUGCCGACCGUGUUGCGUACGCAGACCCAAAACGCUCGGCUAAGUCGGAUCCACUGACCAAAACCAGUGCCAAUCCAAAGGCUCAACCCAAAUCUGCCGCCAAUGUGAAGAAGACUACUGCAAAGGAUGGCACAAAGGGACGAUCUGCAGGCAAACCAGGAGCCAAGCCAGCCAAGCGUGGUCGACCGAACCGCCCAAAGCCAAAGACUGCUGAAGAGCUCGAUGCCGAAAUGACCGACUACUGGGGAGGAAACAAUCCAUCUGCUGGUGGUGCCACAACUCAGACAGCGACUAACGGAGCCGCUUCUGCAGCUGCUGCCGGCGACGACGCAAUGGAUGAGAUCUCAGUGAGCGAGGUUGAAUUCAUCUUUUGA